AUGCCACUGGGGGGGUUUGCGGGUCUAAAGGAGAAGCUCAAACCAGGGAAGGAGGAGUUGAAGAACAAUGUGGGCGACUCUCUGGGGAACCUGCAGAAGAAGAUCGAUGGCUCUAAUGUGGCUGAAGAGGACAACAUUGAGCUGACAGAAGAUGGUCGUCCAGUGGCGGCCCCUAAUCGCAGUCCACCUAUUUUCGAUUGUGGCUGCUUUGGCCUCCCCAAACGUUACAUCAUUGCCGUCCUCAGCGGACUUGGCUUUUGCAUCUCAUUUGGCAUCCGCUGCAACCUCGGGGUAGCCAUUGUAGAAAUGGUUAACAACAACACUGUCUACAUCAAUGGGACUGCCGUCAUGCAGCCAGCUCAGUUUAAUUGGGAUCCAGAGACAGUGGGAUUGAUACACGGCUCUUUUUUCUGGGGCUACAUUGUCACUCAAAUCCCUGGAGGUUUCAUCUCCAAUAAGCUAGCAGCUAACAGGGUUUUCGGAGCAGCCAUUUUCUUGACGUCAGUGCUAAACAUGUUUAUUCCAUCAGCUGCCAGGGUCCACUAUGGCUGUGUCAUGUUUGUGCGAAUCUUACAAGGACUGGUGGAGGGAGUCACAUAUCCAGCCUGCCAUGGAAUGUGGAGCAAAUGGGCUCCUCCUUUGGAAAGAAGCCGUCUGGCUACUACCUCGUUCUGUGGAUCUUAUGCAGGAGCUGUGAUAGCCAUGCCACUGGCUGGAAUAUUAGUGCAGUAUGUAGGCUGGCCCUCUGUCUUCUAUAUAUAUGGUGUGUUUGGCAUAAUAUGGUAUAUUUUCUGGCUUCUGCUGGCUUAUAACAGUCCAGCAAUCCAUCCCACCAUCAGUGAGGAAGAAAGGGCAUACAUUGAGACCUCUAUUGGGGAAGGAGCCAAUUUAAUGAGCGCUACUGAGAAAUUUAAAACUCCUUGGCGUGAAUUCUUUACAUCUAUGCCUGUCUAUGCCAUUAUUGUGGCAAACUUCUGCCGUAGCUGGACCUUUUACCUCCUGCUCAUUAGUCAGCCAGCUUACUUUGAAGAGGUCUUUGGGUUCCCCAUCAGCAAGGUGGGCAUUUUGUCAGCGGUGCCUCACAUGGUGAUGACGAUCAUUGUGCCAAUAGGAGGCCAGCUGGCUGACUUUCUGAGGAGUCGGAAAAUCCUCUCUACUACAACCGUGCGCAAAAUCAUGAACUGUGGAGGUUUUGGCAUGGAGGCCACGCUGCUGCUGGUGGUCGGGUUCUCACACACGCGUGCAGUGGCCAUCACAUUCCUCAUUCUGGCAGUGGGCUUCAGUGGAUUUGCGAUAUCAGGAUUCAAUGUAAACCAUCUGGACAUAGCUCCUCGCUAUGCCAGUAUUCUUAUGGGCAUCUCUAAUGGAGUAGGUACCCUGUCUGGCAUGGUUUGCCCCCUCAUUGUUGGAGCACUUACCAUACACAAGACUCGACUGGAGUGGCAGCAUGUCUUUGUGAUUGCUUCCAUGGUGCAUUACACUGGCGUGAUCUUCUAUGCCAUCUUUGCCUCUGGUGAGAAGCAGGACUGGGCUGAUCCUGAGAACACCAGCGACGAGAAAUGUGGCAUCAUCGGGGAAGAUGAGCUGGCUGAUGAGACCGAGCCCAACUGCGACAGUGCCCUGGCCUCCAAGCAGAAGACCUAUGGAACCACAGAAAGCUCUGCAGGCCGCAAGCAAGGCUGGAAGAAGAAGAGAGGGGUGACCAUGCAAGCAGAUGAAGAUCAUGGAUCAAAUCAUUAUGAAAAUGGGGAAUAUCAGAAUGAGUAUCAAUGACAUUUUGGUCAUCAAACACCCAAGUCUGAGCGCUGAGGUGUAGCAGUAUUUAUUUAAGU